AUGACCGACUCCGAGGACGAGUACAACCAUUUUAUACGAGCCACGAAAGACAUCCCCCUCGCUCGACUCACGAUCUUAAUGCAUCCGGGCUUCAACACCACCACGGCCCUUGAUCGAAAGCACCGGCAUGAUCGCGAUGCUCAAACAGCACGGCGCACCGAGCUGGCUCAACUGCGAAACUAUCUCAUGCUAAGUACCCUGCGUGACGAGCGGCACGUUGUCUGGCUCGACGCCGACGUUUAA